AGGUAAUAGAAUUAUUUGAUCGUCUAAAUGAAAGCUUGGACACUAGUUUCCCGUGGAAAUGGCUGACACCUUUGUUGGAGCGCUACGAAAUUUCUUCAAGAGUGAUAAUAAUUUCCCUGGCGAGUCUCCUGGGGAUUUUGUUCCUCAUCUUGUUUGUCAUCUUAAGAAAAUGGAAAAACAAGGAAUUUUUGCCGGAGGUGAAGGAGUUUGUUGGUGUCAGCGGGAAGCCGAGGUUCAGAAAAAGAGACAAGGUGCUCUUCUACGGGAGAAAAAUGUUGAGGAAGGUCAAGAGCAUCAGUGGACAGGUGAACUCAUCAUCAGGACAAGGAAAAAAACGCCGAGCAGUGAUGAGAUUCGCGCGGCGACUGCUCCAGCUAAAAAAAGAAACAGUUCCGCAACAGCUAAAAGUCUUGGAGCCCCCCGCAGAAUAUUUAGAAGAAGAUCUGGGGCCCGGCGAGAGAGUUCCUCCAGACGCGUUGUACAUCCUGCAGAGCAUCCGAGUGUUUGGUCACUUUGAAAAGCCAGUUUUCCUGAAACUCUGCAAGCACACGGAGAUCAUGAACCUCCCAGCGGGAACCGCGCUCUUUAAAAUUGGAGACCCAGAUGAGAAUGUCUUCAUCGUGCAGCAGGGGUUGGUCAAUGUCUAUAUCACCGGGUCAGAUGGCGCUCAGAUUCCUCUCAAGUUGGUCAACACUGGCGAGAGUGUCACUAGUUUGCUGAGUUUCACUGAUGUGCUCACUGGACACACCAGCACGUAUAAAACGGUGUCGGCAAGAGCUGUUGAAGAUUCUGUUGUUGUCAAAUUACCCAUGAGCGCUUUUCAGGAAGUCUUUCAGGAUCAUCCUGAUGCUUUCAUUCGCGUUAUUCAGGUGAUAAUGGUCCGGCUGCAACGAGUAACCUUCACAGCGUUGCACCAGUACUUGGGUCUCUCAGCAGAACUAGUGAACCAAGGACUGGCUAAAAAGAAGCAGAGCCCGUUUUCCGGGUCGCCAGUCCGGUCAAGGACUCGUGAAAACUUUGACCUGACGCCCACAGACAAGACAGACAAGACCCUGGACCUGCUCCCGCAAACGCCCACGCAGCCGGUGAGCAUCAACCUCAAGAAGCCGAAGCACGAGUGGAAAGUCUCCGACGAAGCUGCUCCAGACAUGGUUCCAGAGUGCGACCAUCAUUGGUCGGACUCUUCGCACCCUGGGAGCAGAAAGCGCUCGGCAGUUGACCAGCCGCUGAUUGCCUCCGUUCAGGAUGAAGCUCAGCUGGUCCAGAUUGCCACCGACGCGUUUGUCAAGGAACUCGGCCUGGAGGACGACUCGGUGCUUAAAGACGGCAAGGUCCAGAUAAGAGAGGUCGCUGCUGGGACUUAUUUGAUGAAGGAGGAGUCUAAUAAAGACGUCGCGCUGGUCUAUGUGCUCUCCGGGUCGCUGGUCAUCAGCCAGAGAGGCUCCGAGGGUGGAAGGCCCGGAGACUCCAGUGACCAGGUUCAUAUGUUCAGUGCUCACACUGGAGAGAUUGUUGGAGGACUCGCGGUUUUGACUGGUGAACCAUCAUUCUACACAAUAAGAGCGAAGCACCCGAGCAGGAUAGCUCUUCUGAGCAAGCAGACGUUCUUUGCGAUAAUGCGAGAGAAACCGACGAUAGUGUUGCACGUGGCGAACACGGUGGUUCGAAGACUCAGCCCGUUUGUAAGGCAAGUAGACUUCGCCUUGGACUGGCUGUUCCUGGAGAGCGGGCGCGCCGUCUACCGGCAGGGAGAUGAGUCGGACUCGACCUUCAUUGUCCUCAGCGGGCGAUUGAGGUCAGUAAUUACUCACAACAACGGCAAGAAAGAGCUGGUUGCUGAGUAUGGAAAGGGCGACCUUGUUGGGAUCGUUGAAAUGGUCACGCAGACUCCAAGGUCAACUACUGUUAUGGCUGUCAGGGAUUCGGAACUGGCCAAGUUACCCGAAGGACUUUUCAAUGUCAUCAAAUUGAGAUACCCGAUUGUUGUUACCAGGCUUAUUAAUUUACUGGGUCACCGAAUUCUAGGAAGCUGGCAGCAAGUAGCAACAACAAGAUCAUCAAUAAAAACCCAGCACCGACCUACAGCAACAACAUUCGACGCAAGACCAUCCCAAGUAAACUUCUCAACAGUCGCGAUAGUUCCAGUCUCCGAAGAUGUCCCUUUAACGGCGUUCACCUACGAGCUGUACCACUCGCUCUGCGCAAUCGGACCUUGUCUCAGGCUGACCUCCGACGUAGUGAGGAAGACGCUGGGCACCAGCAUCAUGGAGACGCCCAAUGAGUACCGGCUGACUUCCUGGCUCGCGCAGCAGGAGGACCAGCACCGGAUCUCUUUGUACCAAUGCGACUCGACCUACACCGCUUGGACCCAGCGGUGUGUUCGCCAAGCCGAUUGUAUUUUGAUCGUCGGGUUGGGAGACAAACCUCCGACUUUGGGAAGAACUGAACGCGAGGUCGAGAGACUUGCUAUGAGGACGCAGAAGGAACUGGUGCUUCUACAUAAGGAACACGGUCAGAGGCCCAGCAAUACUGUCGAGUGGUUGAACAUGAGGAGCUGGGUCUCCAGUCAUCAUCAUAUUCAGUGUCCUAAGAGGAUGUUCACCAGGAGGUCGCAGUACAGAAUUAACGAACUGUACUCAAAAGUGCUGAUGUCGGAACCGAACGUGCACAGCGACUUCAGCAGACUUGCGCGAUGGCUGACAGGAACAUCAGUAGGUCUAGUUCUUGGCGGUGGUGGCGCUCGGGGCGCAGCUCACAUCGGAAUGCUGAAAGCCAUUCUAGAAGCUGGGAUUCCUAUUGACAUGGUAGGGGGCGUGAGCAUCGGUUCCUUCAUGGGGGCGCUGUGGUGCAUGGAGAAGAACAUUACGACGACGACACAGAAGGCCCGAGAAUGGUCGAAGAAAAUGACACAGUGGUGGAGGCAAAUAUUAGACUUGACCUACCCGAUGACCUCAAUGUUCUCCGGAAAGGACUUCAACAAGACAAUCCAGACGACUUUCGGCGACACGUACAUCGAGGACCUCUGGCUUCCGUUUUUUAUAAUCACGACAGACAUCACGGCUUCUUGUAUGCGCACGCACACACAUGGAUCGCUGUGGCGUUACAUUAGGAGUUCAAUGUCACUGUCUGGUUAUAUGCCACCCUUGUGUGAUCCAACAGAUGGCCAUCUACUCCUUGACGGCGGGUACGUCAAUAAUCUGCCAGGCCCAUUAUGGAAGUACGUACGCGCAAGUAUGACAAUAGCGGGGGUGUUUCCUCCAAUUUGUGACCCGCUAGACGGGCAUCUGUUAGUCGACGGGUGUUACGUAAACAAUGUCCCAGCUGACAUAAUGCUAAGACAAGGAGCACACCACAUCCUGGCCAUCGACGUUGGAUCCCAGGACGAUACUGACCUAACAAACUACGGAGAUUCUUUGUCCGGGUGGUGGCUACUUUGGAAGCGCUGGAACCCUUUUGCGACCCCAGUGAAGGUCCCAAACCUCCCGGACAUCCAAUCAAGGCUCGCUUACGUCAGCUGCGUCCGCCAAUUGGAGGAGGUCAAGUCCUCGGACUACUGCGAGUACAUCCGCCCGCCGAUUGAUAAAUACAAGACCCUGCAGUUCGCGAAUUUUGAUGAGAUCAAGGAUGUUGGGUACCACCACGGGAAAACUUACUUUGAAGGCCAGAGCAAGGCUGGGGUCUUGCCCAGGUUCAACGCGGAUAGAGAGACUGCCAAGGCUCUCCGUGCUAAGCAUCAGUCUAAUCAGGACUCUAUUUCUUCGUACACUUUCACCGAUCUUGCGCAGAUGGUCUGCAAGGUCUCUACUAGGAACAGGAGGUACGAUCUGGAUCUUGAUUCCGAGUCCGAUGAGUUUGAGGAAUAUGAAGCUGAUAUGGAGGAGGAUAAUCAUGAGGUUGGAUAUGCUUCAGAACCCACCGCGGGAAUUUUAGAUCAGAGCCCUGAAGACAACCGCCUGCGACGUCGCCCCGGAAUAUCCCUGUCACUGUCCGACACGGAAGCAGAAUCCGAGCUAGAGUACCACCCAAAAUCACCAGUUGCUCUUCAUUGUAAGUUCCGGGUCUAG